UGAGGGACGCUGAAGGUCGCAGCGGACACCCGGGGGACGAGGACACCAGCAGUAGCCGGCUUAUUCUCACCACCACUACACCGGCUGACUCUCCUCCUACCGGUUAUCCUGCUCAGUGGCUCUCAGUGCCAGGCACUUCCUCAGCAUGGUGAAAUACCAGAUUGUGAUGGUCCGUCAUGGGGAGAGUGAGUGGAACAAGCUGAAUAAAUUCUGUGGUUGGCAUGAUGCUGAGCUCUCCCAGCAAGGUGUGGAGGAGGCUCAUUCUGCAGGGAAGGCUUUGAAGGAGGCAAACUUCCACUUCGAUCUUGCCCAUACGUCUGUGCUGACACGUGCGCACAAAACUCUGAAUGCCAUUCUGGAAGAAAUUGAUCAGAAAGACAUCCCAGUUUACAAGACAUGGCGACUCAAUGAACGUCACUAUGGUGGCCUUACUGGGCUGAAUAAAGCGGAAACUGCACAGAAGCAUGGAGAAGAGCAGGUGAAAAUUUGGCGUCGCAGCUUUGACAUUCCACCACCACCAAUGGACAAGAGCAACCCACACUACAAGAUCCUGGAAGAUCCUCGCUAUGCUGAUGGCCCCAGCAAAGAGGAGUUUCCAAUGUUUGAAUCUCUUAAACU